CCCCCACCCCCACUCCCACCUCCAACAUCCACACCACCACCAUAAUCAUGUCCCAAACCUGGCUUAUAACCGGCGCCUCCUCCGGCCUCGGCACCGCCUCGCCAUCUCCGCCCUCCAAGCCGGCCACAAAGUCCUCGCACAGCCCGCAACCCCACCACCGCCGCCUCUCCAACCCCCAGAUCGCCCAACUAGGCGGAAUCUGGAUCCCGCUAGACGUCACGCACCCGGACACAGCCACCCACGUCUCCGAUGCAAUCACUCACCAAGCCGGCGGGGUGAUUGACGUGGUCGUCAAUAACGCAGGGUACUCAUUACUCGGGAGUAUCGAGGACAUGAGCGAAGCUGAAAUCCAGACGCAAUUCAGCACGAAUGUAUUUGGACCGGUGAGGGUAUUAAAAGGCGCGUUACCGUUUAUGAGGAAGAAGAGGGCAGGCACCGUCGUGAAUAUUAGUAGUAGUGCGGGGGUGGAUGGCGCGCCGGCUUGUGCGAUGUAUGCGGGGUCGAAGUUUGCUGUUGAGGGUAUGUCAGAAAGUCUAUCUAAAGAACUCCAACCCUUUGGCAUCCGAGUCGUGCUCGUUGAACCGGGGUAUUUCCGGACCAAGUUCUUCGCGGCAUUCGUGGCGCCAGAAGCGGGAUUAACGGAGGAUUAUAUUGGAACCCCAGUGGAGGCAGCCUUGAAGCUCAUCAAGGCCAAGGAUGGCUCGCAGAAGGGAGAUCCGGUGAAAGCGGCGCAACGGAUUCUGGAGGUGGUGACGGGGACGGGCAUGGGGACGGACACGGAGGGGUUUCUGCGUGUGCCGCUGGGUCAGGAUUGUUAUAAUCGGUUCCAGGCGAAGUGCGAUACUUUGCAGGCGAAUUUGGUGAGGAUGAAAGAGAUUGCGUAUUCGACGGGGUUUGAUGCUUAGUCGGAAUUGAACUUACGAGGUAUGGUACCGUUAGGGCUGGGCUUGUUUGAUAUCAUGUAGAUGUAAAUACCCAGAUAGGGUUAAUUGCGACAGGUAGCUUAUUCCGCCC